GGCGGAUUCCUCCCUUUUCUAGAGGUGCGUCAUUGCCGUAUCUAACGUCGUUUUGUCUCUACGCCUUUGCAUGCAACGAGUGGAUCACAGCAUCGGUUCCCUCAUAGAUACAUUAUCGAUGAGCAGGUGGUUUGAUUUACCUACGCCACAUCGCACCGCAUGGUCUCUCAAACUGUGCAUCACCUUCGAAACCAUAUACAUCCAGAUCUCUCGUUCGCCACAUCCCGCCGUCCGCAUCCAGUUUUCAUUUUCAUAGCGGACGCCAUGCAGCUCCUGUAUUCGCUGUGCGCGCUGCUGUCUAUCGUUGCCGCCGACAUCCUCGACGACCUCUACCGCGAACACAACGCCCAGCGCAUCCAUCACAACGUCGCACCGUUCGCGUGUUUCGACACGCAGCUCAACGCGCUCACAGCCACCCAUGUCGCCGGCCAAAUCGUCGCCCACUCGCUCGACCACACCAAGCUCGCUGCGCGCUGUCACGCCAUCGGUCCCGACGUCGUUUGUGGCGAAAACUCGGUGCGCGGCAAAGUCGCCAGUGCCAACGGCAUGGUCAUGCACUGGAUGAACUCGACCAAGCACCGCGCCAACAUUUUGAACCCCGAUUUCACUCAAGUCGGAUUCAGCGUCCAAAAAGCCAAUGCGACCGACGAGUGGGUCGCCACUGCUCUCUUUGCCACCGGCCCGGUCAACUGCAGCACGAGUGUUAAGGGCGACGGGACCAGCACCGGUCGUGCGACGACGUACGGCGGCGUCGAUGGCGUCGAUGUCAACAGCGGCAACUGCGGCCUCAUGGACUGGAUCGAGAACGCCAAGACGUUCCAUGCAGCCAUCAACCGUGCGCAGUGGGCGUCCGGAACCAACUGCGGCCGGUGCGUGCAAGUGACGUGUGUCGACGACCGGUGUCCAACCAAGACGCCGGUGCUCGGUCAGGUCUCGGACCAGUGCCACGGCUGCGCGGAUGGUAGCAUGGACCUGACAUUGCCGUUUUUUCAAAAAGUGACGGGCGCGACCACCGACGCGUUUUCAAUUUCGUGGCGAUUUGUCGACUGCCCUGUCUCUGGCGGCGUCAAGGUCUGUGCCAAGGCGGGUAGCAACCCGCACUGGCUCGCGCUUCAGCCCGCCAAUGCGCGCCAUGGCGUAGCGAAAAUGAGCAUCAACGGUGCCACGAGCGACCUCUUCUCGACCAGCUCCAACUUUUUCUUUAUGGCCAAAGGCCACAUUGACUUUAAUGCGGCCAAGGUCGAAAUGACGUCGAUCGCGGGGGAAACGAUCGCGGCGACGGUCUCGCUCACCGCCGGUCAGUGCACCGAGCUGCCGCACCAGUUUCAAGCAGCACCUGACAACCGCGCCUAGGUCGUUGAUGCCUCGUUGGGUGCAUAGCUGUACCAAUCAAUAUAAUAGUUUGUCGUCCAUACAGAUCGACGG